AUGGCAGGGCUGGCGGGACUGCUGCGGAGGGCUACCGACUACGUGAAGACCAAGGAGUUCCGGGAUUACCUGACCAGCACACACUUCUGGGGUCCAGUGGCCAACUGGGGCCUCCCUCUGGCUGCCUUUAAGGACAUGAAGACAUCGCCGGAGUUUAUCAGCGGUCGCAUGACCACAGCGCUCAUCUUCUACUCCAUGGCCUUCAUGCGUUUCGCCUACCGUGUCCAGCCUCGAAACCUGCUCUUGAUGGCGUGCCACUGCACCAACGUGAUGGCGCAGGGCGUGCAGGCCGGCCGCUACCUCGCCUACCACUACGGCGGGGGCGCCACCUCAGCCGCCGUCGCUGCUCCCAAACCCACCCUCGGAGGUCCCUGCGGAGGCCCCUGCAGCCCCUGCGGCGACCCCUGUGCACCUGGCAGCGCCCUCGGUGGUGCCCCCGACGACGAGGACACCUUUGUCAACGAUGAGUGUGACCCAGGGGCUGCCUGCUUCUGUGGCGAGGAAGGCACUUGUUAG